AUGACAAAACGACAUCAACCAACUCAUUUACUCACUACCAGUCAUUCAGAUGUAGUGAUGCAGUCAAUAGAACAAUCACAUCAGUCAAUAGAACAAUCACAUCAACCAUAUCAAACCCAACCUCAAUCGACUGAACAACGACAUUUUCUACAAGCAGUCGCAACAGCUCUCGAGACCUACACUACUCAAUAUUCAGAAAGUGUUUCAGAGAAUACUCUAGCUUUAGCAUCACAGUAUGAGAGUGCUACAAACGAAACAUCUGCUGCUGCUGCUCAGGAGAUGUUGAUGAAUGAUCCCGGAUUUAUGGCCUUGUUUGCUUUAGCUAGCCAACUUAUCCAACAUUCUGGAGAUAAUAAUGUGGUUGCAGACAGUAGUGAGUCUAGAGUUGAAUCCUUAUCAACUCAGUCCAGGAAUGAUGCAAGUGAGAAUGAGUUGGCAUCUCAUUCAGUGACUGAUGCAGUGUUGCCUUUGGCAAACGAAAUGGUUUUGAUUCCGUCUGCUCAUAUCAAUGUGUUUGGUAAUGAUACAUACCCAGUCCAUCCAUAUAUGCAUGAUCAACCAGCAGCCAUUCAACUUCAAGCUGAAUCUACAGAGAAUAUAUCCACUGCUAAAACAAUUGAAUCAGUGCUUUCAACAGAAACAGAUACUGCUAAUGUCAUCAAUACUUUAACUACAUUGCCUUCAGUUUCACCACACGACGAAAAUGGGUUAAUGACGGGAUUGAUGGCUCAGAGUUUGGUUGAUACAACUGCUGUUCAUUCAUCACUUGGAUUACAUCAACAUAAUGCACAUUCAACACAGAAUACUCGACACAUUCAUGAGGCCGUAGAAGAAGCUAUUCGCAAAGUAUUGGGUAAUGGACAUGUCAAUCAUACUAUUAAUGGUGAGGUCGCGCAGCCUCAGCAAUCACUGUUUCAACAGCAGUUUGGGUUGUCCGAGACGUUUUCAACACCGCCAGUUGAAGGAUCUUUGUUUCCGUUACUGACUCAAGGUAGUUUGGUUCCUACAAUAUCGGAUUUACUGGUGAGCGCGAUCUGCGGUAUCAAUGGUGAAUCUGCGCCAAGUGUAUCUUGUACAAAAGAUGUUGAUUCUGGAAUUGUGAAUUCAGAUACAACAGAAAUACUGUACUUUAUCUACUUGUUGGCAUCGUCUAUUGCAUCGUUACAAGCCACACAUCCCGAUGAAACGAAUCCAGUAUCUGAAAUAGAUCAACGAAGCGAUACAUUGUUUGAUCAAGAAUCUAGUUUAACUACUUUAAACAAGACAGAUCAUGUACAGUCCCACGCUAAUGCACUCAAUCAAAAGUCUAGCAUUUUAGAAAGCCAUACUCAGCACUCAAUGUCUGAUCCAUUAGCCAGCAUAUUGCAUCACCCAUCAUCACAGUCAGCUUUAUUUUCUACAUCUAUCAAACACAUGGGUACACACCACGUACCAUUCCGACGGAAACGGUUGGCUAUUUUGUCACGGUUGUUGUCAUUGACACGGAUAGCAGCCAAAGCUCCUCUUGCAUGUGAAUUUCCAGGAUGCAAGCAAUCGUUUUACACAAAAGGAACACUCAAGACCCACAUGGGGACGCAUGACCAAAAAAACAAGGUGACGUUUCAAUGUAGUUAUUUUGGAUGUAACAAGUUGUAUCGAUGGAGAUCUGCACUUGAUGCACAUAUUUUGACCCACAACGGAAAGGCCAUGCAAGCAGAUAUGCAAGCAGAUAUGCGAAUAGAUGAGAUUGGAGAUAUCAAUAUGCGUGAUGAUACCGUGGACAGAACAGACGAUUCAGGAUUGGCACGGUUUACAGGAACAUUAGAUACCAUAAUGGCGAGUCCACGAAAUGCAAUAGCGUGUGAGCAUGAAGGGUGUAAGCAGAUAUGUGCCAAUAGGAAUGCAAUGGAGAUGCACCAGCGAACUCAUUUUGGGGUUCGAUCGUACAUUUGUCCAAUCAAGGAAUGUGGACAGGCAUUUGCUCAACAUUCGGCAUUGCGAAGCCAUAGUUUUACACAUUCGGGUAAUGUAUGA